CUGCGGGCGGAGGCUCGGCGGCGGCCCGCCUCCCUCGGGGGCGGCGGUGCCGGGCUCCUCCCUGACGACGGCCGUUCUUCUGCCCGACUCGCCCGGAGGGACGGCUGGGCUGCCGCCAUGGCGCUGCUGCUGGAGUACGAGUUCCGGACGCUGCCGGCCGACAAGCAGAUCGACACGGAGCCCUUCCUGGAGGCCGUGACGCACCUGCCGCCCUUCUUCGACUGCCUGGGCACUCCGCUUGUCUACGCCCCGGUGAAGGCGGAUCUCUCUGGGAACAUUAAGAAAAUACGGGCGGUUUACGAAUCAAACCCAACCAAGUUCAAAACCCUUCAGAACAUCUUGGAAGCGGAGAAGGAAAUGCACGGGUCGGCGUGGCCGAAAGUGGGAGCCACCUUGGCCCUCAUGUGGCUGAAGAGGGGACUCAGGUUCAUCCAGACCCUGCUGCAGAGCCUUUGCGAUGGAGAUCAGGACAAGAACAACCCAAACCUGAUCCGCGUGAACGCCAUCAAAGCCUACGAGCUGGCCCUGAGGAAGUACCACGGCUGGAUGCUUCAGAAGCUUUUCCUGGGCUCUGUCUACGCUCUCCCCUACAAGUCAGACCUGCUGAAGGCCCUGGAGAAAGGCAAGGAGGUCAAGGAAGAAGAGACCUUGGAGAAGAUCCACCAGUUCUUGUCCAAAGCAACACCCAUCCUCGACACCGUCUACGAGAUGUACGCAAAAAUGAACGCAGAGCUGGACUACAAAGCUUGACCAGGCCCUCCCCCCACCCCCCUUUGCUAGCCUGGGCCCACUUCUCCCCUCCCUCUGCAGCCCAGCAAGUGCCUUCGGGCCCCUCAAGGUCACCUAGACCAAAGAUCUGCAGCAGUUCUAGGAGGCCGAGGCCCAGCUGAGGGGCUUCGAUGCUCUUUUGUGGUCUUUCUCUAAUGGCCUUUCUCCUUCUGGGGGUCAGCAGCCCCGACCAGCUCACUGGGGCUGCCUGCCAGGGAGAACCUGCCUUCCUCCGAGCUUUGGACAGCGCACCAAGACACCAGUUGCGCCCCAGGACUGGCUAGUGCCCAGACACCCCACGGGCCGUGCCAGGAGGGCUUGUAGAGCCGGGAAGCCUCUUCUCGGGAGGCGGCUUCUGGCAGUGGGGCCACGGUGGGCUUCCUUUGCCUUCCUCUGGGUGGCCUUUUCACUUCUCAGCCUCACCUGACCGCCUGGCUGGUUUCUGGAGAGCGGAAGCAGCCAGCCAAGCGCGGCCGGACUUCAGUGACUCUUCCGAGUGGCCCUUUGGGUGAACAUCUACGAGGCUUCUUUGCACAACGGAUUUCUUCAGGGAACGGACUCCAGCUUAAAACUUGCUGUCAUUUUCUGGGGCAUAAAAUCUAUGCCAAGCCUUAACGGUGUUGCUACCGCUUGAUGCCUACUGGGGAGGGUUUUAGGAAGCCCAACAAUUGAAAUAAAAUUUUAUGAG